AUGGCAUUCUUGCUGUCGUAUGCUGAACUAUUGUUGGCCGGGACUGCCCUACCUGCCUUUGGGCUGAUAUGUUAUGCUUUCUACCUACGAUAUCAACCUUAUGUACGAGACGCCCCAGGCCCGUUCCUAGCAUCAUUUACAGACCUAUGGCGCAUGCUAAAGGUUCAUGGAGGCCGCUUUGAGCUUUCAAACCAGGCUCUUCACGCAAAGUACGGCGACCUCGUGCGUGUCGGGCCGAAUUGUAUCAGCGUCGGUGACCCACGUGAGAUUCGACAGAUUUAUGGAAUCAAUAGGCUUUUCGAAAAGUCAGAGUACUACCGAGUUGCCCAGCCCAUCGUCAAUGGCAAGCGUGUGGCAUCGCUUUUCAUGAUCAACGACGAGAAGCAGCAUCAAGCCGCAAAACGUCCCAUUGCCAGCGCUUACUCUAUGACGAAUUUGCUGGACUACGAGCCCUUUGUGGAUAGCACGUCGAAAUUGUUCGUUGAACGGAUGAGCACACUCUAUGCGAAUACUGGCAAAGUUUGCGACUUCGGCGAAUGGCUACAGUGGUAUGCCUUUGAUGUCAUCGGAGAGAUGACAUUUGGUAGACGCUUUGGAUUCUUGGAACAGGGCAAGGAUGUGGCGAACAUGAUUGAUGUCGUUCAGGCGUCAGGCUGGUACACUGCUGUCAUAGGACAAAUGCCUUGGUUGGACUUUCUGCUGGCGAAGAACCCUUUCAUCGAGACAUCCUGGGCUAAGCAGAAAGGUGCCAUCUCCCGGUUCGUCAUGACAUUCCUGGGACCAAGGAUAGAAGAAGCCAACAGAGUACGAAAUGGCGAAGAGAAGGUGGUCAAAGAUCGAACGGAUUUUACAGCCAAGUUCAUUGCUGCGGCUGAUAAAUAUCAUGGAAAGAUACCGGCGCAACAACUGCUUGGAUGGUCGCUCAGCAACAUCAAUGCGGGCUCUGACUCAACAGCGAUCACGUUGCGUGCAAUCUUUUACUUCCUUUGCUUGACUCCUCAUGCGAUGGGAAGAUUGCGCCAGGAGCUCGACAAUGCCAACCUCUCAGCACUACCUCGAUACAAAGAAACCAACCACCUACCGUACCUGAAUGUGGUAAUCAAAGAAGCUAUCCGACUGCAUGCCCCAGUGGGAGUCAUCCUGGAGCGACUGGUGCCAGAAGGCGGUGUGACCCUAUGUGGCCACUUCUUUCCCGAGGGCACUAUCGUGGGCUGCAACCCAGCAGUCGUACAUAUGGACAAGCGUGUCUAUGGUCGCAAGUAUCCCGUAACUCAGUAUAGGCCCGAACGCUGGUUGGAGGCGACAGAGGAAGAAAGGGCAGAGAUGGAGCGGUUGUUUAUGGCUUUCGGAAGUGGUAAGCGGACGUGUAUUGGCAAGAAUAUCAGUCUUUUGGAAGUCUACAAGUUGGUGCCGCUGCUGCUGAGCAAGUUCAAUUUUACCCUGGUGGAUCCUAAGAGGUUAAAGAUCUGGAACACGUUCUUUGUCCAUCAGAAAGGCCUGGACAUGUUCAUUGAACCAAGGUCGCAAAUGUAG